UUUCCCUCCCCUCCCCGCCGCCAUGGCGGCCUUGCCCCGCCACCGCCGCUUUCUCGGCGGAUUCAUCUGCGGGGCCGCGGCCGGGGCCGCUGCAUCCUGCUGGGCUACGUGGCGGCUCCUCCGCAGCCAGAGCCAGCCGGAGCCGAGCCCCGGGGGGGCCCGGGCAGAGGAACCAAUAGAAGAGGCUCUGCUGGAAAGAUAUGGAUUUCCUGAGGCUGGAACAGAGACCAGAUGUUACACAAAUCAUGCACUGUCUUAUGACCAGGCAAAACGGGUGCCUAGAUGGGUGAUUGAACACAUUUCAAAACAAAAGAUGCUGGGUGAUGCAGAUCGAAGGCACUGUAAAUUCAGACCAGACCCUAACAUCCCUCAGAUGUUCAGUGCUGUCAAUGAAGACUACCUGGGCAGUGGAUGGUCACGAGGACACAUGGCACCAGCAGGAGAUAACAAAUUUUCAACAAGAGCUAUGGCUGAAACGUUUUAUCUGUCUAACAUUGUGCCUCAGAAUUAUGAAAAUAAUGCUGGAUUUCGGAACAGAAUGGAAAUGUACUGUCGGGAGUUGACUGAGAGAUUUGAAGAUGUUUGGGUUGUUUCUGGACCUCUUACCUUGCCUCAAACAAAUGGUGAUGGAAAGAAGAGUGUUACUUAUCAGGUAAUUGGAAAGGAUGAUGUGGCUGUACCAUCCCACCUGUACAAGGUGAUCCUCGCCAGGCGGAGCAGAAUGUCCUCAGAGCCCCUGGUCCUGGGAGCUUUCGUGGUGCCAAACGAUCCCAUAGGCUUCAGCCACCAGCUCACUGACUUCCAAGUCAGUGUUGAAGACCUGGAAAGAAUGUCAGGUUUAGUCUUCUUCCCCCAGGUGGACAAGACCAAAGAUGUUAAAAAUAUCUGUGAGGUGGAUACCUGCAAACUGAUGGGCUUCAAGGAAUUCACGCUGUACAUCACUGCCCGCAAAGUGCAGAGCGCCCGGACGCUGCGCCGGCUGGAGAAAGCCAUGGCAGAGUUACAGGAGGCAGGGAUUGAGCCUGAUGAGUAUCUCCUAAAGCUUUACAAGAAGAAGGAGGAAGAACUGCUGCAGGAAAAGCCAGUAGCAGCUAGAGAGGGGAGAGCUGGCUGAGUAUUCAGGAACAUGUUUGGGUUUUUGGAAAGGGGAACUGAAGGCAGACACGAAGACAAGGGCACAUUGACUCAUCCUUUUUUGAGUUGUGAAAACAAUAAAGAAAUAUUUGGAAGCUAA